AUGAUAUAUUCUUUUCAGUUUUUUCUUUUUUUUAUUGCAUGUAUCUUUCUAUCUCUUAGUACAGUUGAUGAAUGUCAUUACUUUGCAGGACUAUGUUUAUUUUUAAAACCUCUUUUUCCUGAGCUUGAAGAUGCUUGCAACAAAUUUGGAGCUAGAUGUUAUAUGCAAACACGUCAUGAUGCAGCAGUUGGUGUUCUUUUAAAAGGGCUUACUGGUAAAAUGGAUACACCAGAGAAUUGUAGAAAUGCAUUAGGAAGUCUUUGCCUCUACCUUUCUGGACUUUUUCCGGAACUAAGAUCUUUAUGUCUAUUUUGGCCCGGUACAUGCACUCAUCUUAAGAAAAUUGCAGAUGAGCAAUGUCAAAAUCUUGAAAAUGAAUUAGAAGCUGUAUCAGGUGAAAAUUCCAGUGAAGAAAAAUGUCAAUUAGUUGGAGAAUGUUCUCACGUUUCAGGUAAUUGUAAUGAUCAGGUGAAGGCAGACUGUCAAGAACUUACUACAGCAUGUGCAAAGAAUAAACAUGCAAAACGUUCACAAUUAGACGAAAUUCCACAUACAAAUAAGACUUUGGUGGAAGGUGUUUUCAAUAAAACACUUGAAGAGACAAGCGUUUUUAUACAAGUUCAUGAAGCAGUUAGUGAAGAACCACAUGAUCCUUCAUUAGCUCUUAUGCUUUUGGGUGAAAAUGGUCAUCAUCGUCAUCAUCAUCGUCACCUUGAAUCUCAAUGUCAUCGGCAUUUAAACAACUGUUCUCUUUACGAUACUGAUCCACUUAUCAAUGAGUUAUGUACAAAUGGCCAUGAAAAUUCUAAAGGAGAAGAAGCUUGUCACAAGUUUCCACAUAGACUCACUCGGCCUAGCAAUGGUUAUCUUUAUAGUUAUCAUUUAUUUUUUUCAGAGAUAUGA